AUGUCCGAAAUCGAAUCCAAACUGUACGCGUCCGUGGAAAACACCGCACAAGUAGGCCUAACGCAGUUGUUAUUGGACAGUCCCCAAGACACUUGUGUGCUCUAUGCAUGCAUCAGUCUUGUGCCCACAGAGGUUGACGGCCUGCCACAGCUCAUUCUUUCUGCUCUAACUUUCUUCCUUGCAGUUGUACAUUCCAAAUCUAUGCUUUUAUGCGGUCGUUGCUCUGCGUACCCACGCCGUGAGUGGCGGAAAAUUAAGCCUUGUGAUACCAACGGUACUUUUUGGGCUGGUGCCUAUCGCGACGAAUAUGCGGGAGCAACCUGGCAUCGAAUGUUGGAGACCCGUAAAUCCACAGGCGAAAGACGGGUGUUCAGUGCCUGGUUCACAGGGCUUAGCCUAUGUGCAGUCGUGCUCCGCGACGUUGCUGCACAACGCAUGGACGGUCCUGACAGUCGGCCAUCGUCCCUCGCCAGCUCAGGCACAUGCGCUGGAAGCACCUGGCUUUCGAGUGUGGGAUUUUUUGACGACGUCGUGAACGAUGAAGGCGAACCACAGGUCGAUGCCCUAGCUGGCCGUAUCGAAAAUGAUGAAGGGCAUACAUGGGAGGAGCACGGGGGCGAGCUUGCAAGAGACGCCGUCGCGCAUGACGAUGUGCCCGUAGCAGAACAGCAACUCAACGUGUGA